UCCGUCAUCCAGCUGGUCCCAGGAUCAGUGAGCGAGCUCCUCCCCCUGCACGCGCAUCGUCAUCGCAGCCCGUACCUGCCCUCUCUGCUCCUCCUGCGGUACAAAACCUCUACGCAUGCGAACUGACUGUCCCUUUUUUUGUUAGCAAGACAAAAGGGUGGUGUUCAACCGCACAUCAUGGCAGAUGAGGAUUUUGAAUGUGGGCACUCUGGGGCCUCUUCAACAUUUCCACAGCAGUGCUCUGCUUUAAGGAAGAAUGGCUUCGUCAUGAUCAAAGGACGUCCCUGUAAGAUCAUGGAAAUGAGUACAUCCAAGACGGGCAAACAUGGACAUGCCAAGGUUCAUCUUACUGGACUUGACAUCUUUACCCAGAAGAAGUAUGAAGAUAUCUGCCCAUCUACCCAUAACAUGGAUGUCCCACAUGUCACAAGGAAAGACUACCAGGUUAUAGAUGUUGCAGAUGGUUUUUUGUCCCUGAUGGAUGACGGUGGGACAACCAGAGAGGACCUCAAACUGCCAGAAGGCGACAUUGGAAAAGAAAUCGAGAAGAAGUUUGACAAUGGAGACAAUUUUAUGGUCACUGUGCUGAAAGCUUUAGAUGAAGAAAAUGUUGUUGCCACCAAAGCCCAGAAUUAGUACGUCCAGGACAACGCUGAGGACCUCGCUCUCCUCCCGGUGGCUUUACAGCCACACCGAAGCGCCUGGCCUUCACCCCACAUCUCUACCGGUCCACCCGCUGGUCAACAGAAGUCUGGAAAGUGGACGGAGUCAGCUUCAAUCAUGAAGUUAUCCACCUGCAGCCGUCACUGCUUAAUUUUGCAAUUGCUACUGAUAUUAUUUCAGGAAUACCUAACAUUCCAGCAUUUCAUAACAUUCUUUUUAGAGUAUCGGUAACCUGUGUCUUUCUGUCUGCAUUCCCUUUUAAAGCCCCGUAAUAAUCCCCUUCUCUGAAUGACAUGUGGAGCUUUUGAGUUGGCUGUGAGCAUGUAUCCUGAGGUUUGUUUACAAUUGUAAUGCUGCACCUUGCUUUCCACUUAAAUUCUCCCCUAAAAAAGGAUUUUGUCUCAACUGGUUUACUUGAUACCUCAAACAAGCUCCAGCUCAAUUAACUUUAAACAACUUCAUGGCCAGAAUAUGCCUUUCUGCCUUUGACAAUUAAAACAUAUGCAUGCAAACUUCUAAUUGACAAUUGACUUGUAUACACAUCCCCAAGCAGCUGUGAAUUUAUAUAAAACUUAAAGUACUUUGCAUUUCAACUGUAGCAAGGAACUCUGCUGUUUUGAUGUUGGGGGGGGGGGUUGUUUCACUCAUUUUCUCUUCUAUGCUAAUGAAACAUUUCUUUCACUUGAGGCCUUUAUGUAUAGAAAUUUGUUUUAAAAGACAUGUAAAACUCAACUAUUAGCAAAACCAUAAUGCUUGAGAGGAUUUGCGUACAAUAUUCUUUUAUGACAGUCAAAUCUAGAAGAUAAUACCACUGAGUUCUACGUCUCGUAAGAGGAGACUUGUACAGGGGAACUGAAUACAUUAGUCACCAUUGAGCUGUAUGAUGGGCUGCAGGUGGGGGAAGUAUUAUUAGAAAGUACACUUGGGGAGGUGGGACUUUUUGCUGUGCAAUGGGAUUAUUAAGCAUUAUGUGCAGAGUCCACAGUCUAAAGUGGAUUGUUGCGCAACGUAUUUUUAAUGAAAUAAAGACAUCGCAUUGGGAAUUUGCAAGAAGAUCCAAAUGUGUUCCAUGCAGCACUAACAUGCUGUAGAUCCUGGACUAUGCUGCAUGUCGGUUUUCUCCCCUACCAUAACAAUGAGAACCUUUUUUUCUUCCCUAUUUACACGUUUGUGCCAAUAGUGCAGUGAGGAGGUUGGACUCUAGUACAGUCGUGUGUGUGUGUGUGAGAGAGACCAGUUCCAUUAGAAAACCAUUUAGGGUAAUUGCCAUUGUAGACUUGUUUGUUUUUAUUCUGACUGCCCUCUGGUCCUAGCAAUACUUUUGCGAUUUCAAGCUUCGCUUGUGAUGUUGUGCUUUUGUAAAAAAAAAAAAAAUAUCCCUGAAGUAAAAAACAUCUGAUUUCUCCAACAGAAAUCCCGCCGGCUAAGAAAAGGAGUGAAAUGUAACAUGUUCAAUCUCCAGCUCAAUCAGUGUAAACGUACGGCGGUACACUAGAUGGCAAUGGGUCCUGUUCCGAUGUGAAUGCUGCAGUGACUGCUCAGUCCAUUCUGUGCAGGACCACAUGCAAAUACCGGUGAGAGAUCAUAAGCGCACAAAUCACCUGCAGACUGUUCAUAAAGCACCUUGUUAGUUACAGGAACAAGUGGUCUCAAGCAUGCGGUUGUGUCAGAAAAGCAGAUUUAAGAGGUGCAAAGUGCUCCAAAAGUAUCUAAACCCUAAUAUCCAAUCAGUAGUGCUACUUUAUAAUUGCGUUAUGAUCUUUCUACCCUAAACUAUCCUCCCUCCACCUCGGCAGCCCACAAGUAAGAGAUGACUCUCCCUGAAGCCAUAUAUUCAUGCACCAAUCACCGAGGCCAGAAAGCUCCCACUGGCCUCUUGUUCCUCCUGAGAACACGAUUACACUGUGAGGGACAAGUGCUGCUGCAGCAUCACAGAGUACCACAGAUACAACUGCGAAAUGAUGAGAUUUCCCAGGUCUCCAAAUAAAAAAUGUGUUACUUUAAAGGGUGUCGACGGAAUUUAGUGUUUUUAUUUGGAUUCAUCAUUUCUGGUAUUGGAGACCAUUCCCUGCCCACAACUGACAGUCUGCUUCACAUUUUCGGUUUGAACUAUGUUUUAAUUGUCUUGCAACAAACUGAAUUAUUUGCGGGUAUCGACCACAGUGUAUUCUGUUUAACCGGGAAUAGGUGACAUAGUCCGUCUGGUGUUUAAUGUUCCCUGAGUUUGCUGUGAGGGGUUUCUGGGGUGUUUCUCAACUUCACUUCCUUUGAAUGUUUGAUCCAAACAUUUUGUAAAAAGAAAUUUGACCUUCAGUUUACUCUGGAAAAUAAAGACACGUUGGCUCUGUUCUUACUAAUGUACGGUUGCUUGAUCAAAAUUCAGACUUUCUAUUUUUUUUGUACAGGCUGAAUAAAGAUCAAUCAGAUGUUCCUCGG